AUGAAGUACUUUCUUCUGCCAACUCAUUUAGCAUUUCUCUAUAGCUUUGCACUAAGUAAACCUGUCCAGAUAGCUACAAGAAACAAUGACUUAGGUAGUGAAAUAGUUGUGUAUGAAGGAGACAUACUCUUGAGAAGAGGACGACGCAGUGCAAUUAAUUGUGAGAGUUGUUUAUGGCCCAAGUCACAAGAUGGACUAGUCAAGGUUCCAAUUAACAUCUCUUCUGAUUUCUCAAUGACAGAGAGGUCUUGGAUUGCUGAUGCUCUGCAAGAGAUCUCCACAUUGACCUGUGUGCAGUUUGUAAAUCGCACUACAGAAACAGACUACGUGUAUGUUGAACGUGGGCAGAGUUGCUGGUCUUACUUUGGAAAAAUUGGAGGACGUCAAGCAGUAGGCCUGGUGAAAAAUGGUUGCAUGGAUAAAGGAGCAAUUCAGCACGAAAUGAACCAUGCACUGGGUUUCAUCCACGAACAGGCACGGAGUGAUCGGGACAGGUUUGUCAAGAUUAUGUGGGAACACAUUGUGGCAGGGGAACAAGGGAACUUUGGAAAAGUGAAUUCCAAAAAUCUGGGCCUUCCCUAUGACUACUCUUCAGUGAUGCACUAUGGCGCGUAUGAUUUCUCCAGCACUCCAGGGAAACCAACUAUUGUACCAGUUCCUGACCCUUCUGUACCCAUUGGGCAGAGAGAAGGGCUGAGUAACUUGGAUGUAGCAAAAAUCAACAAGCUCUACAAGUGCAAUUGCUGUAGCAAUGUGUUGCCUAAAUCCAAAGGCUCGUUCUCCUCUGUCAAUUACCCAUCCCCAUACCCGAACAAUAGCAACUGCCUGUGGUUGAUCCGCAUCCGUCGAAGUAAGAUUUUCCUGCAGUUUGAGGCUUUUGAUCUCCAGCACUCCUCAGACUGUUCUUCUGACUAUAUAAAAAUUUACAAUGGAAACAGCAAGAAUUCCCCUGUCUUGCUGGACAAAUACUGUGGGAAGGGACCACUGCCCUCCUUAGUGGCAUCUGGAUCAACAAUGCUGGUAGAGUUUACAAGUGACGAGAGCAUUACAGCCACAGGAUUCAGAGCCUCCUACCACAGGGUGAACUGUGGAGAUACUUUCACAGACUCAAAUGGAGUCAUCACCUCUCCAAACUACCCCAAUAAAUACCCCAAAAACCAGGCAUGCUUCUGGGUCAUCAGUUCUCCAGUAGGAUACAAGAUAUCUCUCAAAAUGUUAUCCUUUGAGCUGGAAGAUAGUGACAGAUGCAUCUAUGACUUCUUGCUCAUACAUGAUGGAAGCCGACCUACAUCACCUGCAGUUGGCCCUUACUGUGGGACAGAGAAGGUUGCAGACUUUACUUCCACUGGGAACUUUGUGCUGGUUGAAUUUCACAGUGAUAUAGUUUGGGAGUUGCCCGGAUUUGUGAUGAGUUAUACAUUUGGUAGGUAG